AUGGGUGAAUCUAUGGAUCAACAUAUACAGAUUGGUAUACAUGAUAUUGGCGUUUCUAUUUUUAAUGAUAUAACACGAGAAGAAAUGCUUUAUAUAAGUUUAAAUAAAUCAAAAGUUGUCUGGACUGAAAUGAAAAGGAAUCGUUUUAAACCAUUAUCACGUAGUGUAAAUGCAUUUUUGGAAGAAUUAUAUACAACUCAUGUUGAACAAUGUGAAAUGAAUCCUGAUAAUAAAGAACUUCAAAAGAAAAAAAAGCAAAUGGAAGGAUUUCGAGAAGUUUCAUUUGACGGUGAAACAGCAGAAUUAGUUCAUUCGAAAACACAUAGAAAAAUAGCUCAACGACAAGCAUUAGAUGGUCUAUGGAUUGAAUAUGCAUGGUCAGCAUCAGAUUCUGCAAUACACAUACGUAUUAAUCAUGUACAAAUUGAUAAUCAACUUGAUUACACAAUAUUUCCUGUUAUGCUUCAUUCAAGUAUUACAAAAGGAACAGGAUUCGAUUAUGUUGAAAAAUCUUUUAUUGAAUUAAGUAUUUAUCAAUCUAAAACAGCACAAUCAAAUAUAAUGCAAUUUAAAUAUUUUAAAAUGCUUAUUCAAGAGUUUGCUGUUCAAAUUGAUCAGGGUUUAAUUGUUGCCAUUCUUAACUUUUUAAAACCAGAAAAUAUUAAUGCAGCACCAACAAUCAAUAUGAAUAGUGAUUUAGAACAAAUUCAAAAACCACUUAAUGCUAUUAUUAAAGCACAAAUUGAAAGUCCAUCGGGUGAAACCGAGAUGUUUUUUGAUAAUAUUCAUUUAUCAUCACUUAAAAUUCAUGUUAAUUUUUCAAUGCAUGGAUUAAAUCCAAGUGAGGAGUUAUUAGCUGAAUAUACACUAGUUGGAUUUCUUUUACAAACAUUGAACGUUACUGAAGUACAAGAUGUUGUUUUACGUGUACUUGGAAAAGGUUUAGCAAGUUUAACAUUUGAUGAAGAUUAUAAAGUUUUACGUAUCCGACGUAAAGAACCACGAGGGAUUGCUACAACACAUAUUGCUUUAGAACGAAAGAAUGUUAUUACAAAUUUUGCUGAUGGUUUCAAGGGUGUUGUAACAAAAUCAAUAAGAGGAGCGAAACAUGAUGGAGCAACUGGCUUCUUCAAAGGUUUAGGGCAAGGUGUCGUUGGUUUUGUUGCACGAUCAACAGGUGGAGUUGUAGAUUUUGCUAGUACAUCACUCGAUUUAAUUAAAAGAACUGUUCUACAAGAAGAAAUCGUUCUUCGCAUUCGUUAUCCACGUCAUGUUGGUAGUGACGGUAUUGUUCGACCUUAUAUUACUGAUGAAGCUAUGGGAUUUUAUAUUUUUAAGCGAUUAGAGGAUGGAAAUUAUGCCAAAUCGGAUACAUAUGUUGCUCAUAUCAAUUGUUCUGAAAGUUCGCUACGAUUAUUAUUUGUAACUAAAAUAUCAUCUCCUGGUUUCUAUGAACUCGAUUGGGAAAUAUCAUAUGAAGAUUUAAAAGAAGAAUCAGUUAUAAAAAUAAAUACAAAUCAAAUUCAAAUUUUAACCAAAGAACCAAAAGCAACUGGAACUAUAAGAUCGCAAACAUCAUUUGGAAAAUUAAUUAAAUUUAAAACUAUAUCUGAUGCUAAAUAUAUCGUCGAUAAAAUUGGAAGUGCGAUGUAUGUCAUUGGUCUUAAAAAGUCUUAA